GACGAAAGUAAGGGACGUAAAUGCUACCGCAGGGCGUGGUCGCGUCUAAAAGUGGACAUUUGACGUUUAGUCUUUUUAUUUUUAAUUUUUUUUAAGUUGAACUGUUUCCAUUUUAGUUUGAUAUUAGAGAGGGCAUGGGUGGUGGCAGACUUAAAAGUCUUCCACCAUAUGAAGGUUGGCUAAAAUAACUAUGUCCAAUUUAGGCAUUAUGUUUACCUGAAAAGGGGAGAUUCUUUAUUUUCAUGUUUUACAUUACUUAUGUUGACCCUGACAUGAAUACCAUUCGAUUGUGCGCUAAUUAUAAAUGGAUUGUUCUUCUUCUAAGAAAUUGAGCUCAAAAUUGGGACUAGUUCCAUACGGAUGAGUUUUGGCGGAGGGAUAUGUGUUCGCGUGACAUGAUCUUUGACGUAUUCGUUCGUCUGUCUAGCUCGGUGUUUUGGACUCCUUUUGAAGAGCUGGCUAUCUGAAAAGAUUGCACAAAAUGGACAUGUUGAUACUGUUGGUUACAGUCUUCUGCGCGCUCUGGGGUCCCUCUGCUACUUUAGAGCGGAAAGAAGUUUGUUAUGGCCAGGACCUUACACUUCCCAUGCACAUUCAGCUAAAUAUUGGAGAACGCCUGUAUUUUACUCCAAGUAAUGGAGGCAAGACGAAACUACUGAUAGAAAAUGAUAAGGUAAAUGAGCCACGAUUGAAAGUUGGCAGGUUUGCCACCAGGCUUACAGUUUUAACCAGAAAGGAUGAAGGAUAUUAUUCAGUGCCAUAUAAAACUUCACAAAUUACUCUGUUGGAGUUGAAAAUAAAAGACUGUGCUGAAGAGAUCGUCAAGGAUUACAUGGAUGAAUGGUCUUAUCGGCUACCUAGCCAGACUCACUAUGUGGAAUACACUUCGCCUCACAAUGAAGAUGAGACAUUGAUUCUGUGGAAUUUAACCAAUCCUCAGAGUGAGAAAAGAAAAGGAGACGUCAAGAACAAUUUCUGGACAAUCUCUGGUGUCACUCAGGCAGACAACGGCUACUACAACUUCAGAAAAAAAGAAGGCACUCUUCCUUCAAGGGUACUUCUCACCGUAAAAGAGAAAACUCGUAACUAUGAUUCAAAAGCGAACGAGGAUCUUCUUAUCAUGAACCCAUGGACCGGAGGAUCCUGGACCGUGACGUUUAAAGAAGAUAUAGGAACUAAACAAGAAACAAUAAUAGAAAAUGGCUAUUUGGUCCGGGGUGUUAGCAGGUUCUCUGGGAGAAUUGGUAUUCAAAGUGAUGGCAUUGAAAUAAGGUCUGUAGAAGCUAAGGAUUCUGGUACUUAUGAGUUCAGAGACCCACAAGGCAACCUGGCGUUAUCUGCUCGUGUGUACGUCGACGACCAUGUCUCGCAUCACCUGGUCACAUAUGUUGUUGUUGCCGUCGUCGUCAUCGUUUUGGGGAUGUGUUGCUGUUUCUGUUGCAAAAGGAAAUGCUGCUGUAAAAAGAACAAAUCUGCAGCUACAGCAGGAUCUGCUGCUACUUAUCAUGACAAGUCUGAUUCAGCUGCCCCAUCACCUGCCGUGUAUUAUCAUGGUACAAGUCAACCAACAGGACCAAGUUACCCAAUUCAAGCAUCUUCGAUUUACACUCCUCAUCCAGCAAACCCUCCAGCCUACACAGGGACUGUAGCUGCUUCCAUUGAACAACCGCCUUCGCAGCCUAACACCGCUGUGUACCCUCCACAACCAGCCAAUGUCUAUCCUCCACAACCAGCCAAUGUCUAUCCUCCACAACCAGCCAGUGUAAACCCACCACAGCCUGAACCUAGUCUAUAUCCUCCUCUUUCUGAGUUUGGACCUCCAGCUUCUCAGGGAUCUGCAGCAGCUCCUACGUUCGGCUCAGACCUGUUCUUUCCUGAUGCUGAGCAGAGAUUUCAGCUAAAAGGAUUGGCUUCUCUCUCAGCUCCCCCUCUCAGUUCAGAUGCACCGACCUGUGAUGUCUACAACUCGGAUAAGCUGAACUUUUUGUGAACGCUCUCCUGAACACUGUGUUGAUGGAGCUGUUUCAGCCUUUGCUGGACUUUCAUGCUUUAUUUCUCCAGAGGCCUUCUACAAAUCCCGGGACCACGCUGCCUACAAUAAAAAGACAUAAAUCACAUAUAAUCAGGGAUAGGCAGGGGCGGACAUACCAGGAAUUUGGUACGAUCGCAGUCCACCACUAAGACUACAUUAAAUUUAAUCAAGACUGAGACAAACCACUAUUGGUCUAGACUAGCAAUGGAGUUUACACUGAAGCAAGUCAAAAUAUUUCAUGUACAUUUUAGAAAGAUGUCAUAUGGAAUAAUCCUCAUAUAUAGAUCUAACAAAGUUUAAGAUGGGUUAAGGAGCUACAUUGUGUCAAGUUUUUGAAUAAAAUUAAGCAGAGAAAGACAGCAGCUAAAAAAAAAACAAUGGGAACAUUUUUCCAAAUUUAGUAGUUUAACCAUUUAACCUCUACAAUUUUACAGCUGCAACACAUGGUGCCACCAAGACUGCAUCAAGAACCCACCAAUUGAUCCAGAACUUUCUUUUGUUGUGCAUUUAGUUUUUGCAUUUGAAAGCUAAAAGUUAACAGGGAGAAGGUGUCCUGAUCAAAGUGUAGUCAGAUUUUAGUAAAAUGAUUUGUGAUUUCUUCCUGUAUGUUGUUAACGUGAUGAAUGUAUGAGAUUACAUAAUACGCUUAAGCAGGACUGGGAAGGUAAAUAUCGGCACCAUCCAUUUCUCUCUUGUCAGAAAAUGCAUGUCGUGCAAUCUCACAGCACGGCAUGCAUUCUGAUGUCACCCAAAGAUGGCACCAGAUUUUGUUUACAUGUCGUUAUUUUACAUGACAUAACAUGUUUUGCAGAAUAACACAGGUCUCCCAGUGCGACUGUCAUACCUGUGACAUCUAUUUUAGGGUAAAAGGAGAUGGGACUCUAUAAGUCAAUUUAGAGUUUUUGGAGUGGGUUGCAUACACAAACACAUCCGGGGUGGCAUUAUUUUUGUUCCCUAUUGAGAAUUAAUUUAAUGUAAGAGGAAAAAAAGGCAACCAGAAAAUGUUUUGGUGCCCGAUGGACCCGAUGGACCCGAUGGACAGUCCGCCCCUGUAGUAUGCACUGACACCAGAUUCUGUUUACAUAUCGUUUUUUUUUUUAGUAGAGAUCUCAUCAGGCCAAGUCCAAAGAAUUUUAAAAAAUGUAAUCAACUUCAUAUCAUCUGUAAACUGUUUCAAGUGCAAAUCCGAUUCACUGCGAACACAAUGACUCGCUACAAUUAGGGUAGCCAGUAGACGCAGCAUCAUAAUCACUGUGUGCUGGAAAAACGCAAUCAGAGAAAAUGUCAAACAUGGAGCUUUUUACAUUAGAUUAGAAAAGAUCUGCUAGCACUGGGUAUUAUCUUUAGGGACAAGAACAGGACUGUCAGAAAAAAAAGUUGUAAAUCGCUAAGAUAAUUGAUGCAUGAGCUAUAAAAUAGUUUAGAUAUUUAUAUAUACUAAUAUAUAUGCACUGAUUAAUGUAAUGAGAUUGCAUUGAAUUUUUACUUUUAGAUUGUGUUUUCUCAGGUAAAAAAACACCCAUUGUUUUUAAACUACCAUAUUGACAGUUAUAUAAAUGCAUCUCAAAGUAUAUUUAAAAGAAAUCACUAUAUCAGAAAUGCCUCCAAAGAAGGGUAGAUGUAGAUUUUUACCCUUGUUACAGUUUUUCUAUUUGUUUUUUGCUGAAGACACCACUUUCUCUGAGACUUUUUGAUGUUAGGAUUAAUUGGUGCUGUUUCUUCUUUUUUUUUAUAUAUAUACCACACUCUGUUUUUUUGUACAACAUUGGUAUGUAAUUUGUGUCUGUACAUUACUGUUCUUUGAAACUUGUUGCGACAUUAAAGGACUUAAUUUUCACUUUCAAUAAAGUGAAAAUGACCAUUAAGGA